CCUCCUGCAUGCACCUCCCUCCCCCAGCCUUCACCCAUCCCAAAGACUGAUUAGCGCGGCAUCCUUCCACUGACACACCAUGUAAUUUGUGGAGAUUACUGAUUUUUUUUCCCCCUGUGUUUGUGUGUUUCUCUUCCGCUUUUCUUCAUUUUGACUUGUCGGUCAGCAUCCAUGCGGCUCUCCAAAAGACAUCUCCCACCGCGCGUCUCUCCUUGAAGGCAAUAAGAGGAAGAAGUAGGAGAUUUUUGUCUUUUUUUUCCUGUGUCGUGCUUCCAUCCUGAAAUCUCUCCGAUGGUCCCCGGUGUGACAGCAGAGAGACUUCCAGCAUCUGACUGCCUGACGCGGGAUGGAAGCCGUCCACCUCUGACCCAUCAAUAGGACGAGACGUUUCAAGGAUACCAGUGAGGGAAAAAGAGCAUUGUUUUUAUUUAAAGGCGACAGGUAAAGGACGCUGCGCUCGGCUGUGCUGCAUUUAUAGGAUUUUUUUUAAAGAGGACAGACGUGAUUUUAUGCAUUGUGAGCAAAUUCCAGACUAGAUGAUUGUAGUUUCUUUUAUGUUAACCCUAAAACACAAGAACUCCCCGUAAUUCACAGCCACACUGCUGGAAUGCACAAGAGAAAUAGCGCACUUUUUUCUAGUCCCCAAAGACGCACAGCUGGGCGGGCAGCGGCGUAAAUAAACCCCCUCUUAGCUGUUCAAUGCAUGCCUUUCAAUCCGCCUUCAGACUGGAGUCAUGUGUUGGUGACCCAUCUGAGCACCAGAGCCACCUGCGCUGUUGCAUGCAAGCCUGCCUGAGCGCCACGCGCAGACAGCAGCUAAACAAACCACAUGGCUUCACUGAUGUGUACAAAGAGCUGAUGAUUUCACUUGAAUAAGUCAGGAGUAAACAGACUCUGCCCUAGAUCACUGCCUAGAGCUUUAUUUUAAAGAGAUAUGUAGUUGUGCAACUGCAAUUUGGACUGCAAGAGGAAAGCAAUAACACUGAUAUGAGGCAAUAACAAUCAAAAAAAAGGUGGUAAUUAUAUUUUGUUCCAAAGCCAAAGAGAGGUGGGAAUAAGCGAGAGGAUACUUCACACUGCUUCCAUUUGCAUUUUCACUCAGACUGUGGCUCUAUCAAGCAUCAACCCUCCUUGCUCGCACACGAGGGAAAAGUGCAGCUAAAUGUUUCCUGUCGAAGGCAUUCAUGCAUGCAGCAUUUUAAUAGACUUCUGAACUGCACAAUCACUCUGUAACUCUCCAUUGCAACACUCCUUCACAGGCUGCGUCUUCCAUUUUCAGCACAAAUUCCUCAGCAUCACCCCUCAAGAUAUCUGUCUUCCGGUAGCUUUUAUGGUUAAUCACUGACGGUGCCAUUCACCCACCAGUCUGUGUGUCAGCAUACCCGCAUUAUUUGGUGCACACACUUUCUCAUUGUGGAGCUAAACAGGCUUACGGGUGUGCCACAGAGUAUAAAUAGUUGAACAAAGGCCCUUUUGGAGCUGACAAGGGGCCGAAACCUGAGACUCAGAGUGAUUCCUCCCUCUGGUAACUCUACACGCUCACACGCCGAGAGGCUGGAGAAACUCUCCAGCUCAACAGAGCAAUUUAGAUCCGGAGAGGGUAAAGGGACGAGGCAGCGAGCAGGGCACACACUGCUGCUGUCAGGUUUCUCAGGUGCUUAAGAAGACCAGAUCAGCAAGAAGACCCACCCACCCCUCCUUCCAGCAAUUGUAUGAGCUGAAAAAAAGGAGGAGAAGAAGAGGACACCAGGGCGGACCACACCCAGAGUCCCACCAGCCUCAAGACAGAGUCUCCUCCUCUCACCUCCCAGACUCUUGAUCACAGUCUGGACAUCUUUUGGGCAUCUUAGAGGUCAUCAUCCCUCAGCUGGAGUAGCUGUUGUAGGCUAGAUCUGUCUGGUGUCUCCCAUUCUGAGGUGUGUGAGUGUGUGUGUGUGAGUGUGUGUUUUGACGCCGUUGAGAGCCGCCAGCGGUCUUCUUUUUCCUGUCAGGAUGUCUGCAGUACAAGAGCUGCUGCUGCUGCUGGUACCUCUGGCCCUCCUGGUGCUUCAAGCAUCUCUCUGCCAUGGAGCCUGUGUGGAGGUGGACUCAGACACAGAGGCGGUGGCCAACGAAGGCUUCAAACUGGGCUGCAUCUCCUGUAAGAUGAGGGGCGAGGUGCCCGCCAAGGCCACGGUCGACUGGCACUUCAAGGCUUCGGAUGAGACUGAGUUCACCCACUUAUACAGCUAUGAAGAAAAAAAGCCCUAUAUCAGUGACUCACGUUUCUACGAUCGUCUGGACUGGAACGGCAGCAAGCAUACGGACGACCUUCAGGAUGGCUCCAUCUACAUCCUCAAUGUGACCUUCAAUGACACGGGGACCUACCAGUGCACGUUCAGCCGCACCCUCAUGUAUCCGAACUACGAGUUUCAAACCAACGCCACCAAGAUAAUCUCCGUGAAAGUGGUGCCACGACUCACCAGAGGACUGGCAUCCAUCUUGUCUGAGGUGAUGAUGUACGUCUCCAUCAUCGGACUGCAAGUGUGGCUUGUGGUUGAGAUGAUCUACUGCUACAGGAAGAUCGCAGCAGCAGGAGAGGAAGCUCUGAGAGAGAGCGCGGCGGAGUAUUUAGCUAUAGCAUCGGAAAGUAAAGAUAAUUGUGCAGGUGUACAAGUGGCAGAAUAGCACCGGUCGAGGAAGUCUUCAAGAUUGUGACCUUGAGGAAUCUCACAUUCCCUCUUUCAUGCCCUCUCCUCUCACCGCCACUCACAUCCCGCCUUCCUUUCCACAUGAUGGAAAAAGCAAACCACAGAGAGGAGAAAGAUCUCCGCUGAAAGUUUUCUCCUAAGUGACUUUCUGCAAAAGAAUGACAAGGACUGAAUUUUAUCUGGUUUUGAGGGACUGAGGGGACGCAUCAGGUCGUGAUGCAACGGGACAGAGAGAGAGAGAGAGAGAGAGAGAGGGAGAGGGUUGAACUGUAUAUAGGUGUACACAUAUGCACAGAUAAUGUUAUAUAUUAUAGGCAAACAUUGUAUAUCUACUAUCUGCAUGCUUCAAGCUAAUCAAAAUGACCAACAUCAUGCUUCUGAUGUGAGUUAGUCUGAUAAGCGUUCUCCUGAACCUGUGAGUGUUUCUUCUGUGCGUUUAUUAAGCUGUUCCACAUAAAAAUGAUGAAUCAACAUUGUCAUAGCCAAAAUAUAUAUAAAAGGUUUUUAAAGGAUUCAUUUUGAACACUGGUAAGACUUAAUUUGACUACAAAACAUCUCACUGUUCUGAUGAAACACUACUGGAAAGUACAGAGGAAACACUGCUACAACAGCUGAUAAUUUGUCCAGAUAUAUUCAAUGAUUCAUUUUUAAUUUAAUUAAAUGCCAAAAAACAACAAGUAUUUAGCAGAAUUUCCCCCAAAUCAGCCUGAAACGUGUCAGGAAACAGCAUUUAGGCCAAAAUGGGAGACAUUAAAUAAGAAAUACCAAGGACAAGAACACAGCGCCCGUCCAUCAUAUCAGCAGUGGCCACAUAUUAAGCCAAUGUCUAAACUUAUAGGACACUUACGUGUGCGGUUCAGUCCUUCCUGACAACACAACUAACCCUUUUAUUUUAUGUCUUUAAACAUUCUUAACAUAUGGCUGUAUCUAGGCUAACAGCUAACAUGCUAACUAUUAUUUAUAUGUCACUAGUGACUUGAAACAAAUUUAGGACGAUAGGAGACGGGUUGAAAUAAACCGAAAUUUCCCUUUAAUUUCAGUGGAAUUUCCUUUUCAUCAAAGCCUUUUCAGAAGACUGCCACCCUGUUAAAACUAGCUGUGUUAUGCAGAGUUCACUCGGAUGAUGGUGAGGAGCAAAAACAGGCCCUGCAGCCCAUGUGUGACUUCCUGUGACAUAUGAAAAGACGACGCCCACUUCCACCAGGCUAAUUUGUAGCACACCAAAAAUGAAUAUAUAAAUAAAAAAAUGCAGCUUUACCAAUUUAUCCGAAGUGUUUUUAAAGUGUUUAAAGUAAAUUUGUCUACAGUGGAAACUUCCCCACUGAUGUGUAAUUUCACACAAAUGUCUUAGUGUUUUUGUAGAAACUUAAGGGCUUGGCUAAUUGCUAUAUACUUAAUAUCCAACUGCCGUGGGCAAAUGUACCACAAAACCUGUCCAGUGUGCCUCCCAGGGUGAAGCCAGUGAAAACCAAAAAAGAAAGAGCUGAAGCCUUGUGACAAAGCAGCUGUCCUGAUUUCUCUUUCCAGGCAGCCUGUCACUGACUAUCAGUGAACAUUAGAGGGCAGCGAAACACUGCCAUUCUGCAUGCUUACUGUUCAUCUCUUUUGUACCAAAGCUGAGUUACAUACAUUUUGAGAUACUGAGAAGGGGGGACACACACACAGGAAUAUAAUACAGAGGAACUGCAUGCUAACUGAUGGAAUAAGCAAAGUAAAGGAUAAAAACAGAACGUCCAAUAAGAUACUAACUAAAAGAAAAAAGAUAAAACAAAUGAUAUCGCAAGCAAUGCUACACACUGCUUUACUGGGUGAUUUACUUUCUUGGUAUGCUGCAUCAGUUAACAUCUAAAUGCCUUUUCCUGCACAGAUGAACGAACCAGUGAAAUGAAAACCACACUGCUCCCCACAUUGUUGGUCUGCUUUGUGUCCAUGUGAAUAAAACUGCGGUUUUCACUUUAUGUGUAGGUGUGAAAAUGUUGCUUGCCACAAAAAAAAGGUGAUACACAGGAAAAAAAAUAAAAUUGCUGAGAAAAUCA